AUGACAAUAAUUCGUUCCUCUUACACUGCCAGUGAAAAGAUUGCUGUUAUAGAAUUAGCUCAGAAUACUUCAAUUGCAAAUGCAGAACGUGUUAAAGGAAUAAGUAAAACACAAAUUUCUCAAUGGAUAAAAAAUAUUGAUAAAUUAAAAAAAGCCAAAUCAUCAAAUAAACGUGUAGGUUCAG